AGACAAGUAUGAAGACCAGUUAAAUUCGUAAGUUUGACAAAACUCAGGGGAAAUCCUGAAAGUGGCAAAGCUUGGAUCUGUAAAACGACCAGAAAAACGAUGCACUUUCAUUUGUAUUUCAUCUUUCUGUGUGCAUUGUUUGUGGGCGUUAAUGGCUGGUGGAUGUGGGGAAAGAAAGGAAAGGACAAGAGAUGUCCUAAAAGAAAUGGUGCACAGCCAUAUUAUUUUGGAUCUACAAACCUCAAAUGUAUGAUAAAGGAAGGUAAAAAGGGCAAACGCAGUGCACCUGCUAGAGGAAUUUGGGACUUAAAACACCGUUUCAUUGAAUAUAGAGGACACUACUUCGAUUUCUUGGAUAAUUCCAAAGUAUACAUCUCUAAGCGCCGUCUACAAUGGCGUAAGUGCAGUGGGGGUAAGGAAGGGUCUCCAGCAGGCCACAGUGAACUCAGCCUGAACUGUAUCAUAGGUUGUGCCAAAAACUACAAAUGUAGAUACGGAAAGUAUCGUUUCUUGAAGAACAAUUGCAACAAGUUCGCCAAUCGGCUGUCGAAGGUACUUUGCAGAAGGGGUAAGAAGUGUCCUAGCUGGUGUGAGGGGAGCUGUAAUAAUGUCGUUUAUAAUUAUGUACGUCAAUGAGGGAAUCUUAUAUUUGUAUGAUAUAAAGCUCUCAACUAUG